CUUCAAGUUAUUUAUGGCACAGUUUUCUAAACGUGCAGAAAUGGAGAAUCUUUUCAAAAAUCCUUAACCUACUCCUCCUCGGCCACGGCCACGGCCACGGCCACCCCGGCGCACUUUAGAUGCUAAAGCUUUUCUCAUCUGCUCUUUCGUCAUCUUCUUCCUCCGCCCACUCAAGGCCAUGAUUUCCCUCACCACCGCCACUUCUCCGCUUCUCCGCUCAAAUUCUCUGUCCUUAAACCCCUCUCUCAUCCAAUCCCUUAAACCCCUGAACAAACACCAACUCCGCCGCCUCCGGAGAAGCCUUAAUCAGAGAAGAUUCGGAAUUGGCAGGUGUAGGGCGGAGCUGGCGAAUGACGCGCCGAUCGCCGUCGCUAUCGGCGCGUGCAUUCUCAACUCGCUGGUGUUCCCGAUCACUCCCUCGCCGGACGACGAGGAAACUGACUCCGUGAUUGACUCCGCCGAUGCCAGGUUCGCUGUCAUGGGGAUUAUUAGCUUCAUCCCAUAUUUCAAUUGGAUGAGUUGGAUUUUCGCGUGGUUGGAUACGGGGAAGAGGAGAUACGCGGUGUAUGCUAUUGUGUAUUUGGCUCCUUACUUGAGGACGAAUCUGUCACUAUCACCUGAAGAGAGCUGGCUUCCAAUUGCGAGUAUUCUCUUGUGCAUUCUUCAUAUUCAGCUUGAAGCCAGUAUAAAAGAUGGAGACAUCCAGGGAUUGCGGUUCUUCAGUGAGGCUAGAAAGCAUCUAUCAACAUUCACUAGCAAAACCGAUAGCACAAUAUAUGAAGAGGAGAUAACGCCCGAUCAUAAAAACUUACCUUCGGCACAAUGGAGAGAUAAUAAACUUAAGUGGAGAGUCCCCGAAAAACCUUCUAAAGAUCCCGAGCACUCGGAUAAAGAUGGGGAGGACCCCACGGGAAGGAAACACUAGGAGGUAGGAGUGUUCUCGAAAAUCAGAUUGGAACAUGCCGUACAACUAAGGUUUGCUAUACUAUGAAGCCAUUUGCCGAUCUUUGUAAGCUGAUGAGUGAUUGUUCCAGUUAUGGACGGUUUACUUCAGGUUGAAUACUCGAGAUGAUGUGAUUUAGCUCGCAAGUUAGAACACCAAAUGCCAUAUUACAAAGACAAGGAUCGAAGCAAACAUUUCUUUUUUUUUUCCGUUGUCAUCUAAGGUAUUUUGUUUGCGACUGUGAUUUAAUUACAGUAUUAUUUUUCUUCUUUUAUUUCUAAGUGCUAUGAAUGUAACCUUGAACAACUGCACUUCUAUAGUUCUAUAUGUUCUGGUGCACUUGGUUCAGAUUAUGUGAGCUUGUGCUUUCAUGUGGAGUCAAAGAAAUUUAAAAUGCUGUAGAGUGGCUAUGGUUGUCUUUGA